GCUGAGGCUACUAUGGACCGUACAGCAACAAAGCACUAAAUGAUUAUCACCCAAUAACAUAGAUUACUGAUACAGAGACAUACAUCGCUGCAUCCUGCUCCGUACCUCAACUGAGCCGCCUCGGUUACUACACCACCGCAAACGAGCCCCUCCAACACUUCCACCUCGACUCCUCCAAACAAACAGCACUGCAACAACACAUUAUCAAUUCUUUAUUCCUUCCUAUACAUCACAAUCACAAAAAGAACACAAUGGCAGCCAACGCGACCGAAUUCCCCUACACACUAACAAUAACCCUCCCCCUCCCCUCCACCCACCUCGCCUCCUCCGCCCUCCGCACGCUCGAAGUCGACACCGAACUAUCGCCCUUUGUCCAGCGGCACUUCGAACUCGUCGCUCCGUCCGCAUCUUCGGAAACCGAAACACAGAAGAUGGAAGUCGAGGGGGAAGACAAAUCGGUCUUGAAGACUAUGUAUCGCGCGACGACGAAUCGGAUGCUACGGGUUGCGGUUAAUGGGUUUAUGGAGAGUUUGGGGGUUGUGCUGGAGGUUAUGCAGGAGUUGGAUAUGGAUGUUUUGGAGAUGGAUCAGGGUCACGAGGAGUGAGCUACGGUCGCCAGUGUUGUUAUUCAAUGAUAUGAGGGAGAGAAAGAUACAAGGAAUAUUGGAUGUUGGUCUGCGUUAUGCUGGAUGAAACGGUUCGUCGCAGCCAUGACUCCCGCCGGUCGCGGUCACUAUAUCACGGGUAAUAUCUUGCUGCGGGGUAUGUUCCGAAGGAAACUGCAUCCCGAUAUUAUGGCUACGAAAUUAUAGCGCCGGGAAAUGACCCAAGUUUAGAUGGUGGAGGUGAUACAGUCGGACGCUGGAUAUAUAUUUUACUCCAUGGGUUGACGUGCGCCCGGACCAACGAGCAUGCAGGAAGGAUUUUAACUGUUGGCCUCUGGCAUAGAAUGGUGAUUUUUGUGCAAGACUUGUUUGGAACCACUCUAUUGCUUUAUCCUAAGGUCAUCAUGGCAUGACAUCGAAAUCUAUGCUCUCUACCUCUACGGAACACGG